GGCGGCGGGGUGGCAAUCAUGCCGGGCAAAAUGGCGGCGCCCACGAAACUGUGCUGAGGGGAACGAAGGGCAGGGCGGGGCUUUCUGCCCUUCCUACGUCGCGCACCGCCUCGGGCUCCCGCAGGACUUUUUCCAGCACCUUCAAGACAAAAGCCAUGCAGCAAAUGCCAUGCAAGUUUGCUUGUUUCUUUAGAGUCACCAAAGAAAGAGGAGUUACAUUUCAACAGUUAAAUUUCAUCAAGCGAAUGUAUGUAACACAGCAUAGCAAAGCCCUCAGCCAGCGAGCAAAGUUGAAGUCAGAAUCAACUGCACCUCCUUUCCUUGAAGGCCAGCAUUCAGGUCAGGAAAAAACGGUUAUCCAUGAGGUCAGAUCGGUUUCACCUCUUCUGUCACCUUUAUCUGAGAAACCAGUUAUUAAUGAAUCUGAAGCACUGAAGUCCACAGUAAUCGCCGGAGGCACAGGAACUGUAGUAGGACCUGCAUCCAAGGAAGAAAAACAAUGGAAAGAGAUGAAACUAGAGCUGGAUGAUUUACCAGGCAUUUUAGCUCGUUUGUCCAAAAUCAAACUUACAGCCCUGGUUGUAAGUACUGCCUCAGCUGGAUUUGCAAUGGCACCUGUACCGUUUGACCUAACUUGUUUCCUGCUUGCCUCCCUUGGAACAGGCCUAUCGUCCUGCGCUGCUAAUUCCAUCAACCAGUUCUUUGAGGUUCCUUUUGACUCUAAUAUGAACAGGACAAAAAACAGACCCCUGGUGCGAGGACAGAUCAGCCCUUUGCUUGCUGUGUCUUUCGCUGCCUCCUGUGCAGUUCCAGGAAUAGCUCUGCUCACCUUCGGAGUAAAUCCUCUUACUGCAGCCCUGGGAGCCUUCAACAUCAUCCUGUACACAUGCUGUUACACACCGCUGAAAAGAAUUAGCAUUGUCAAUACAUGGGUAGGAGCUGUGGUUGGUGCUAUUCCCCCAAUUAUGGGUUGGACAGCAGCAACCGGCAGUCUGGAUGCAGGAGCAUUGCUGCUGGGUGGGAUUCUCUACUCCUGGCAGUUCCCUCAUUUCAAUGCACUCAGCUGGGGGCUCCGCGAAGAUUACUCCAGAGGUGGCUACUGCAUGAUGUCUGUCACCCACCCAGAAAUGUGCAGGCGGGUGGCUCUGCGUCAUUGCCUCGCCUUAAUUGGACUUUCAUCGCUGGCUCCCAUCCUUGAUGUCACCACGUGGACUUUCCCCAUAAUUUCUCUUCCCGUCAACCUGUACAUUUCCUACCUCGGCUUUCGUUUCUACAGAGACGCCGACCGUGGCAGCUCCCGGAAGUUGUUUUUCUGCAGCUUGUGGCACUUGCCGAUGCUCCUCUUGCUCAUGCUGACUUGCAAGAAAUCUUGGUACAAAAAAGGCAACGAAAAGGAAUCCAUGAGUUGAGAUCGCAUCAUGUUGAAAAAUUCAUGUUGCCUUUGUGAUAACUAUUGGCUUCAGAAGCUCCCGUUCAAAAUGGUGUCCGUAUUUCAGUUAUCAUGCAGCAGGGAGGUUUUAUGUUGAUGUAUUCAGAGAGAAUAUUUUGUGUCCAGUGAACACUCCCUGUGAUUUUUUUCAAAUUAAAU